CACAGCGCUUGCGCUGCCCCUAACCAGCCACCAUGGCGCCUCCGCCGUUCGCAACGACUCCAAAACUCAACGCCCUCCUCUCCCAUCUGACCUCCCUACAACUAAGACCCUUUGCAUCUGACUGAGCCUUCCGUUCGCUCACCAAGGCCGCCAACCAUGGACCGACUCAACGUCAUAAUGGAUGAUUCCUGGAAGGCUGCCGCUCAUAUGGAAGAGACGGAAGACGAGCGGGAGGCAAGGACUCUCGCAAAAUUCCCCGACUUCGAAGCCGCCAUGCCUCGACUCCCUUCUCGGCUGCAAGACAUUUCGCUCAUCGACAACCUGACAUCGUACCUCGGCGCGCGCAACCCCUUCGCACAUGCCGCCGACCCGGAGACAACGAAUCUUUGGCUGCAGGACAACACCGCGCAUCGCCCGCCUGGCGCAACCGGUAAUAAUGUCUGGCAAGCCAAGUUCGUCGCGGCAUAUUUCAUCAAGAACAGCGGACGUGACUACAGCAAGCUGGUGGCGGACGUCGCGGAGAAGGUGGGUGUAGGGAAAGGCGACGAGGCGGAAACAACGAUAGCAAAGCGGCUGGAGCCAUGGAUCGACGCGAUCCUGCCCGCGCACACAGUCGACAUCAGCAUCGAUGGCACACAAACGGAGAAGCUAGGUCCCAGUGGGCGCAGCGGCGUCAGCACCAACGACAUCACGCUCAAGGGAAAUCAUGUCGACGGGGACACCAUCACUAGCACGGCUGUCAACCUGCACACGCACCCCAUGACGACGACGUUUGCGGAGCCAACUGGCUGGGCCGUCCUCUCAGACAUCGACGACACGAUCAAGAUAACGCAGACGCCGUCGCCGCUGGGGAUCCUGCGCAGCACGUUCGUGGACGCGCCGACAGCCGUCGCGGGGAUGCCGCAACUGUACGCGCACAUCAACAAGAUGCUCGGGAAGCCGCCGUUCUGGUACCUCAGCGCCAGCCCCUACAACCUCUACCCCUUCCUGCGCGACUUCCGCGACGCGCAUUUCCCGUCUGGAGAGUUGCUGCUGCGCGAGGCGAGCUGGAUGGACCUGGCCGGCUUCUUGACGUCGCUGACUGCUGGGACGCGCAAAUACAAGACUACGCGCAUGCGCACUAUUCAAGCGCACUUCCCGAAGCGCAGGUUCCUGUGCAUUGGCGAUAGCACGCAGAGCGAUCCGGAGGCCUACGGCGACAUGUACCGCGCGUUUCCGGGCUGGAUUGGCGUUAUCUUCAUUCGAAGGGUAACGGGCGUGGCGGAAAUGAAUGAGGCGACGAAGAACGCGCCGGAGCGGUUCGAGCGCGCUUUUGAAGGAGUGCCGAGAGAGGCGUGGGUGGUGUUUGAUGACCCGGCGGAGUUGUAUGAACGAGUGGAAGAGUUGGUGAAGGUUGCUGCGUAGGUAGGCAGACUGGCUGCUCGCACUUUUUUCGGCGUUCUGGUGGUUUCGUUGUCUCAUUCUCAUGUUUGGUGGUUCUACUGUUCAUCUUGUCCACCGUAUACCCCUUUACUGGUAGAGUUUGUGGAUAUUGUAGAGGCGAGCGGUGUGCAAAUGUCAUGUCAAGAAGGGCGCACGCCCUUUUUUCUAUAUUAUAUUGUAUUGCAGAGUUCAGGGGAGCAAGGCGAGAUGGUCAGGCCCGCAAGUAUAUAGUGCAAAGGUGGAGCAAAGCCGCCCUACCCGGGG